AUGAGUGAUGAACUUCGCACAAGCAUGCGCAAAUCCUCAACCGACCGUGUGAUAGCCAAGCUUGACGACCAAUCUCAGCAACUCCAAUUUUCAGACCAAACCGAUGCUAUUGCCCAUGGCCCGUUCGCCGUCUUCAAGUGCGCUCGUCCUGCGGAUGCUCACUGGCAAAAUGACGACAAGCAUAUUCUGGUAGACUUCCUACCCGCGGACUUUGGUGACGAGCAGUUCCCCGUCUCCCUUUCAGCUAUCGACCACAUGUUUGACACGGAACAAUUGCCUUAUUCGAACGAAAACGAACAAUGCGACCUGAGCCACUCUACCUCUGCGAACCCGACCGACUAUUUCUUAACUCCCUAUCUGAACCCCUAUCCAGAGUCUACCGCUCACCAAGACGCGAGUCUGCUCCUGAACCACUAUAAAAACCAUGUCAUCCGCCUUCUGUCCCCUCUGAAGUAUCAACGAAAGACGCCCUGGAACAUACUUCACUUGCCGUGCGCCAUGACCACUCUAGCAGAAAUCACCAUGGGCUACAGGGCAAAUCACGCGCGGGCCUCGGUCUUUUACGGAGUCAUGUCCAUUAGCGCCUUCAAUCUUAGUGCAUCGUCGACCGGCACUGCAAGGGCGCACUGGGACGGCGUCGCCAGCAGCUACAAGCGGCAGGCGCACGAAAGCCUGAAAGCGUCGCUGGGGCACGAGUUAUCGGCGCAGAAGAAGGCAAAGUACAAAGAAAUGCUCAUGGCCAUCCUUUCCAUGGUUACCAUCUCCGUCUUCAGCGGCGCUGUCGAGAACACCAGAGCAUACCUCCUGGACGCCGAGCGCCUGAUCCGACUCCGCGGCCUGACAAAACCCCGCAUAUCGCGCAAGGUCCGUCUCCUGCAUCACUGCUACGCCUACAUCCGCCUCAUGCACGAGACCACCUGGCCAAGCACCGCCUCCUCCUCCUCCUUCCGCAUCGAAGACUGGCAGCCCCUCUCCUCACCCCACGACGCCGCUGCCAGUGCCAGUGCCACCGCCGCCACCGCCGCCUCGUGCGACGACAACGACUCCGCCUCCGCCUCCACCCCCGACCCCGACCCCACCACCCCCUGGCACCGCCCCAAACCCUUCCACCUCGGCGUCCACGACCUGCACCUCGCCAUCCCCGGCGACUUCGCCCAGCACACCCUCUACCCGAGCGUCUACGGCAUCCCCGAAUCCCUCAUGCAGCUCAUCUCGCAAACAACCCGGCUCGGCAACGAGCGCGACGCCAUCCUCAACAGCCCCACCACCAACCCCUCCUCCACACCCCCAGCCCGCCUCUUCUUCCUCCGCGCCAAAGCCGUCGAGACCGCCAUCCUGCGCCAGCUCCGCGACGACGACGACGAGGAGGUCGCAAUCGACGAGCGGCAGUACGAGUACGAGUACGUCGACGCCGACCCCGCCGCCGUCGCGAGCAACCGCCGCGCGGUGGCGCACCUGCGGCGCGCGCUGGGCGCCGCGCUGGCCGUGUAUUUCUACCGCCGCGUGCACGACGCGGGGGCGCUGCUUCUACUGCAGGGCUUGGUCGAGCGGACGAUCGAGGCGCUGGAGGCGGUGGCGAGGGAGGAUGGCCGAGAGGGGGAGGGGGAGGGGGAGGUAGGUGCCGGGUAUACGGCGGGGACGGUGUGGCCGGGGUUUGUGGCGGCGUGUGAGGCGGAGGGGGCCGAGAUGCGGGGGAGGUUUGAGAGGUGGUUUGAGGUGCAGGGGGCGAGGAGCGGGAUGCCUAUGUUUGGGAGGGCGAGGGAGGUGGUGCGGGCGGUGUGGGAGGGGAGGGAUGGUGGGGGUGGGGGUGGUCGUGGCGCGGCGGGGGCGGCGGGGUGGAGUUGGGUGGAUGUGGUGAGGGAGAAGGGGGUGGCGUUGUUGUGCAUGGUGGGAUUGAACACUGGGCCAAUUUCCGAUGCUCCUUCACCAUUUGGCGGCAUCAAGCAUUCCGGUUCUCGCCGUGAGGGUGGCAAGUACGGUCUUGACGAAUGUAUGGCGCUCAAGACGGUUGUCACUGGAGGAAUCAACAUUAAUUACCACUCCAAGUUUUGA